AGUGCUUGCCCGUGACAUCCAGGUGGAUAAGCCAAAGAAGCAAUUGGAACUCUGUCUAGAUCUUAAGAAGUCAGGGUACAAAUAAGGAUUUUGAAGUCAUCACCACAUAAGUAUUCAUCUGUUUUCUUUUGCAUCUUCCAUAAAAUAAUAAUGCCUGAUUUCUUCAUUCUGCAUUUAGCAAGGUCAUGGAAGAUCUAGAGGAAACAUUAUUUGAAGACUUUGAGAACUACUCCUAUGCCCUGGAAUAUUACUCCCCAGAGACUGAUUUGGAGGAGAAAGCACACCUAGGAGUCGUUCACUGGGUCUCCCUCGUGUUAUACUGUUUGGCAUUUGUUCUGGGCAUUCCAGGAAAUGCCCUUGUCAUUUGGUUUACGGGAUUCAAGUGGAAGAAAACAGUCACCACUCUCUGGUUCCUCAAUCUAGCCAUUGCAGAUUUCAUUUUUCUUCUCUUCCUGCCCCUGUACAUCUCCUAUGUGGCCAUGAAUUUCCACUGGCCCUUUGGCAUCUGGUUGUGCAAGGCCAAUUCCUUCAUUGCCCAGUUGAACAUGUUUGCCAGUGUUUUCUUCCUGACGGUGAUAAGCCUGGACCGCUAUAUCUACUUGAUCCACCCUGUCUUAUCUCAUCGGUACAGGACCCUAAGGAACUCUCUGAUUGUUAUUAUAGUUGUUUGGCUUUUGGCUUCAUUAAUGGGUGGUCCAGCCCUGUUUUUCCGGGACACUCUGGAGUUCAAUAACCACACUCUUUGCUAUAACAACUUCCACGAGCAUGAUCCUGACCUCACGUUGAUGAGGCAUCAUAUUCUGACCUGGGUGAAAGUUAUUGUUGGGUACCUCUUCCCUCUUCUAACAAUGAGCAUUUGCUACUUGUGCCUCAUCUUCAAGGUGAAGAAGCGAAGCAUCCUGAUCUCCAGUAAGCACUUCUGGACCAUCCUGGCUGUGGUCAUUGCCUUUUUGAUUUGCUGGACUCCUUAUCACCUGUUUAGCAUUUGGGAGCUCACGAUUCACCACAAUAGCUAUUUCCACCAGGUGCUGCAGGCCGGAAUCCCCCUCUCCACUGGCUUGGCAUUCCUCAAUAGUUGCUUGAACCCCAUCCUUUAUGUCCUAAUUAGUAAGAAGUUCCAAGCACGCUUUCGGGCCUCAGUUGCUGAGAUACUAAAAUAUACGCUGUGCGAAGUGAGUUGUUCUGGCACAGUGAGCGAACAGCUCAGGAACUCUGAAACCAAGAGUUUGUGUCUCCUGGAAACAGCCCAGUGAAUUCUUACUCUUCCACAAAUCAGUAUAUGGCUUUCUUGUGGGUCCCCUGACAGAUGCUUUCGGAUUGUUUGGGUCCAAGACAUAGAGCUGACUGUAUCUUUUUAUUGUUUUCGGUCAUUUUAUUGGCAUCAUAUUUUUCUAUUGAUAUAAAACAUAAGAAGGAUCUUCGGGUUUUUUUCAGCAACUUAAAUUAUCUGUGUUAUUCUUGCUAAUUAUACUGUAAUGGAUUAAUUAACACUAUUUUUUCAAUUUUAAUGACUUUUUUAAAGUUCUAAAUCUUAAUAUUAAAUAUAUGACUAAUUUCAAAAAUAUAAAAAUAUGUGUGCUUAAGCUCACUUUAAUUUUGCACAAGUAACCUAUUAGACCUAGUCUUAAAAUACAACAUAUGUACUUAAUUUCUUUAUUUCAUGUAAUCUGUAUAUUGCAUUUAUGAAUUAAAGUAACAGUUGGUUAUAGUAGGUUA